AUGGCGAUGACUAUGCCAAUGAAUAUGGGUCCCAUGAACAUGGGCAUGGCACCCCCUCCUCCCCCUCCUCCCCAACAACUCUCCGCCUGUGUUACGCGUAUCCUGUCCCUCUCGGGCUUCCCCCAAUCCCUCAAGACACGUGAUGUCCAACAGGCGUUUGCUGAAUACGACCAGGACCGCGGCGGAUUCAGGAUCAAGUGGGUUGACGACACCAGUCUGUUGCUCGUGUUUAAUGAUGCGGCCGUCGCCAAAAAGGCGUAUUUGAAUACGUUGUUGUCCCCGCCUGCUGCGCUGCUCAGUCCCGCCUCGACGACCCGCAUUCAGAUCAAGCCUUAUGACGGGCCCGAGGCGCAAAGCAUUAUCCAGGCUGUACAACAGCGUGCUCAUGGCCAUGGACACUCGGGUUCAGUCGCAUACAAGGGCCACGCGUCUCGCGCUUCGUUUAGCGGGGGCGCAAUGGGAAGCUUUGGCGCCGGUACAUCCGUCCCUCGCCCGAACACCAACGCGCCCGGACCGGGUCUUAAUACCGGAAGCCUCGGUCGCUCGUCUGGCGCGUCGAUGUGGAGCACUGCGUCAGCCACUGCCAAGGGAAACACGACGGGCAGCGCGUCCCCGACGCUUCCGAAUCUCCCGUCCCACCCGACCUUGAACUCGCUCAUUUCGAGCGCGUCUCCGCAGCUGAGCUCGGGCGAGCUUGCUGAAGAGGGAGGGAGCGGUGGAGAGGGCGAGCGUAGCGGUCCAAGGAUUGGUGAGCCUGGUAAGCGAAUGGUGGCUGCCGGUCUUGGAGUUCGUCGACCGAGCGCGAGUGCUGGAGCUGGUAUCAACAAGGGCUCUGGAGGUGCAGACAAGGCAUUGAGCGAGGUCCAAAGGGCGCUUGUAGGUGUGUCGAUCAACGAGUGA